CUGUGUCUGUCUCUGCACCAUUUCCGAGUUGUAUGAUAUACAUAUGAAUAACUCUUGCUGCUGGAGGCGCCGCACACAAGGAUCUCUAGCUCCGGGGUAGUGCAGUCACGAAUUCGGAUUUUGUGGAUUUGAUCGGUGCAGUAACGGUGCGGUACAGUGCAGCGUUGAGUGUAGACAACGAGUGCAGUGGCAAGCGCGCCGAUUUUCUCGAAUGUCAAUUUCUUUGUCGAACCCUUCAGCGACCGUCCGCAGACGUCUGUAGUGACUAAAAAUUCUCCAAAUACCGUAUCCGGCAUACUCAACAUUGACACAAAAUUAAAUAAUAUCGUGAAGCAAAUCCAAUUUAUUAGAUAGAAGAAUGGCUGAGCUAAGCACAGACGAAAGGGUAACCGACGAACUUGAAGCUCUCAAGGCGAUUCUUCUUGAUCACGAACUUCAUAUCAAGGAGAACCGAAAAGGUGAGCCCGAGUGCGUCGAAACCGUAGUGUUUCCGUCAACAGGAGAAGAUUCCCAGUCCCAAUAUGUCUGUGUUAGACUAGUUGUACAUCUACCUCCUGGUUACCCUGACGUUUCGCCAAAAGUUACGCUCAGAAAUCCAAGAGGCUUGCACGAAGAUACAGUUCGCCUCAUUCAAUCCGAUGUCGAAGCUAAGUGUGAAGACUUUGUUGGACAGCCGGUCAUGUUUGAACUUAUCGAGCUGGUACGUGAGCAUCUAACUAGUAGCAACCUGCCCUCUGGCCAAUGCGCCGUUUGCCUAUAUGGAUUCCGAGAAGGAGAUCAAUUCACCAAGACGGAAUGCUACCAUCACUUCCAUUCUCAUUGUCUCGCAGCUCAUUGCGCUGCUGCGGAGCGCCACUACAGAGAAGAACAGGAAAAAGUACCGCAGUGGCAACAAGAUCCUAAAAAUAAGUUCCAGGCUAUUUGUCCUGUCUGCCGAGAGCCGAUCAAAUGCGAAGUUGGUAUUUUGAGCACGGCUCGGCCACCGCUAGAUGUGGAAACUGCCAAAGAUUUUGCUGUCACUGCAGAACUGAGAGAAUUACAACGUCAAAUGGCUGCUUUAUUUUCACAUCAACAACAAAGAGGAGGAAUAAUUGAUCUCGAGGCUGAAGGUGUUAAGAUGCUCUUACGAACAGAGGAAGAUUCAGCUGCUGCUACGGAGGAACUCAGUCCCCCCGGUACUAGUCUUACUACGUUACAUAGCCUAGAGGAAUCGACAACGAUGCCACAAGUGCAGUCUUCCCAGCUAUGCACAGAACAGCACAAGUCAAAUCAAUGUCCAACUCGACAGUCGCAUCAUGGGAAUCAUCAGAGAUAUAAUAAUCAUGGCCACCGUAAGAGGGGACGAGGACGAGCACAGUAUCGUCGGUAUUUCGACAGAGUGAGGCAAGCAGAGCCUACUCCCAGAUGACAAUGGGCUCGUGACAAUCUCAGCACUGCCUGGUAUAUCUCGCCACUAAACAAACACACCACAAUAAGCAUUCGCAGUUUACUCGUCAAUGUAAUUCACUUUAGCUGUCAUAUUUUCAAUUGUCUUCUUGUGAUUAGGUUAUAGGUGUUCUCAAGCAGCAUUCCUAUCGUAACGGUAUAUAAAAUGGGAUAUGUUUGAACUUCUGUGGAUUGCACCUACAAUUUGCGACCAGCUCGAGCCAUUCGAUUCAUUCAACGCUUGCACAGAAUUGUAUUUCCUAAUCAACUUGCUGCAUUUCAUACAAGCCAAAGCAAUAAUCAUAGCGUCGGUCGCUGGCAGCCUAGCAAAAGUUCACAUGUUGAACAGUUUUGUACAAUAGUCAAAGGGCUGAUAUGGUAAGUUUGAAGAGAUUGAAGAGCUUUGAGGACUAGCUUUGGGUUGAAUUUCAAAUGUCACUUGACUCACGCCAUUCCUCAAAUUUAUCUUUUACCAAGAAAUGAUUAUAAUAUCACACCAAUUGCAUGACAUUGUAUAGCUCAAACGUAGUUUACCCAUGCACAGAUAUAAUUUUCUGUCCAAGUGUACCUGGGGCAAACAAUUAGCGGUUGAGAAGCUUAGUUGAUCAAACCACAAUUAGUCAUCGAUAAGGACAGUCGUGUUUGGCUGUAGUACUUUGUACACUUUUAAUUUCUUUUUAUUACUACUGUCAUGCGAUGUUCAGUCAAAGUGGUGACGACACGUUUUUAGAGAACUAUAAAUGGCUAAUUCGACUUUGUUUUACAAUCUGUUACAACUAUACAGGAUUAGAGCAUUAAGUCGGCAGCUUGCGGUGAUUUCAACAAAAUUCUAUAAUUGAUUUAUGCCAUGAACUUUAGUAUUAAAAAAAACGUUCAGAUGCCAUGCAAGGUGAAUAAACAACUCCCAUAUUACAUGCCGUGUCAGAAAUGUUGCCAAAUUAGUGGUAAAGAUGUUUGUCACAUCAUUCCAGUAAGCGUUGAUCGUACACAUUAACUCUAGGUAAAGACGUAGGGUAAGGACGAAGACUCAAGUGUUGAGAUGAUAUCGUAGGUGCUUAUCUACGUCUGUUAAGCAUUGUACAAUCUUCGUCACAAGAAUAUGUUUAGUCCAGCAAUCGGUAGUGGUGAUGAUUCCGCACGUAGGUCCAUUCAAGAUAAAUAAUUAAACGAGCGAAAGCAUUGAUUUAGCAGAAACACCAUUCAAUAUUAUGCAUAGAUUUUGGUCACCAACAUAUUUGUCAACGUAGCAACGAGGCACAUACCUGCUUCAUGAAUAAUACUUUGCCGUUUAAUCACUCCCGAUAACCAUCCAUGCGACUGUUGUUCAUUAGGCCGACUAUGCAAGCAGAGGACGAUAUUCAAAUGUCAAUUGCUAAGCACACCCCAAUCUACCCAAAACUAUCAAUCGACUACGAUUUGCGGCUGGUUAUGUUAUGACUUUUAAUUCAUAAUAGAUUGUUUCUUCUGUCAAUUGUUCAGUUGUCGUUUUUUCCAGCCGAAUAUGAAUAUUUCCUACUUGUAUGUCUAUCGGUAAUAGAGUGAAGAUGUUGAUUACACAAAUUGACUCCUGUGUAAUUCAGAUCUAUCAGGUUUUGCAUAGACCAUUGUUAUGUCAUAUUAAAGGCUAAUAUGAGUUUCGACUCGUCAAUUAGACUAAGAGUGAAACCUAGAAUUCCAAGCAAAAUCAUUCUGCGGUGUAAUUAACUAGCUUUAGGAAUUGCGGUAAUCCAUAAAAAAAUGCUGGAUUACUGUGCAACAUCUGUAUUUGGUAAAUAUAUGGUUUAAUAUAUUAAUCUUA